CGUCGAAGGGGAAUGCAGUUUUCUGAUCCGAGCUGUGUAUUUACUCCAGCGCGUCUGCUCGAAUGUUUUCACCUUCUCCAUCGCGCCAAUUAGCUUGACUAAGCGGAUCUCUUCACUCUCGCCGGACGCUGCUGACAUCACUCCCUCUCUCCACUCUCAUAAAAAGUUUCUUCUUCUUUUGAUUUAUUUUAUGUACAGAAGGUGCGUCCAUGGAUCAGCUUGUCAAUAGAAAGUUGGAGUGAGAAAAUAGAUGGCUCAAUUCUGCGAUUCCAAUGGCUUUUCGAUUAAAGCCGAGUGUGAAACUAAUGACGUUGAUUGGGUCAGUGAGCUCGAUUAUAUUCCAUUGGGGUUUCGGCGACAGCUGUUACUGGCAAGGAAGCUGAAUUCAUGCUCGCCUGACAGUCAAUCAACCCCUCAAACGAUCGUUAUAAAGAAGGGAAAUGAGGAACAGGAAAGUGAUUGGCAGCAGGUUUCCCCCAUCAAUAAAGACAUAGAUCAGCAGUCAGUGCAACCAGAAAGUCAUGAAACUGGAGCUUCUUCGGGAGUUGAUCCAGUAGUAGCGUGCAACAAAAUUCAGGUGGAUUGUGAUGCAGCUGAUAAAUGUGCACAAAAUGCAACUGCUUACCAACUGGCCAUGCAAGGAGAUUGUGACAGCUGUUGGACUAAAGUAAAUAGAAGCUUUUAUUCAGAUCAGAGUUUAUUAGGAGGCAGUAUGAUUGGCUCCAUUGGUGCUAAUGUUGAAGAACUGAAGCUCAAGAUUAAUAAUUCUGAUGACUUUGUAGAUGAUCUUGAUCACAUUGUACUAAAAGAGAGGCACAGGAUGCUGCUAUCAAGGAAAAUGUUGAGGAUUGAAAAGCCAAUUCUGGAGGAAACAUCAUAUGAUGCACUUGAUAAUGUACCUGCGAGCACAAAUAGCGUGUCUGGUUCAACCUUAUUGAAUUUGGUCCGAGUGAAGGCUGAACCAUUGAAUAACAAUGAAUCAAACAGCUCAAGCAGGAAUGCUAGUGGUAACUUUUCUUUUAACAUAGUACAAGCAAAGACUGAAAUUGAGUUCCCUGAUGAACUCAAUAGAGACAACAUAGAUCACAUGCAAUUGCGUAAUCGGAUGAAGUUGCUGACACCGAGAGAGGAUUCUAAAUUAAAUAGUUCCGGGAAUUUUGAAUGCUUGAGGAAAAGUGGCCCCUCUGUUGAUAAUGACCCUGCUGUCAUGGAAGCUUCAAACCCAAUAAGGAUCAACCGUCCACGGAAAAGGAAGAAGACUGCCACGGAUUCAAUUGAAACUGCUCUGGAGGAAGAUGCUCCUGGGCUUCUACAGGUGUUAGUUGAACAAGGGGUAUCAGUUGAUGAAAUUAAGCUUUAUGGAGUUGGAGACGCAGAUAAUGAUGAAGCCAUUGAUGAAUCAUUAAUUGAAGAUGGCUUUGCAGAGCUUGAAGAUGUGAUGUCAAAGAUAUUCUUUCAGCGCAACUCUUUUUUGAAGUUCGCUACUUUACGAUGCACAAAGGGUACAAAGGCCAGUUAUUGCUUAGCUUGUCUAUUCUCACUUGUGGAGCAGACACGAUAUCUACAAUUUCGUAAUUGGCCUGCUGAAUGGGGUUGGUGUCGAGAUAUCCAGUCAUUUAUAUUUGUCUUUGAAAGGCAUAGAAGAAUAGUGCUGGAACGUCCUGAGUAUGGCUACGCAACCUAUUUCUUUGAGCUGGUUGACUCCUUAUCCAUUGAUUGGCAGAUCAAGCGAUUGGUGACUGCCAUGAAACUUACAAACUGUGGCAGGAUUACCCUAAUUGAAAACAAAACAUUAUUGGUUGGAGAAGACUUAACUGAAGGUGAGGCACAGGUGUUAAUGCAGUACGGCUGGACACCAAAUAGUGGCAUAGGAACUAUGCUUAAUUACUGCGACAGAGUUGUACAUGACAGGAAGAAUGAGAAGGAGAGCUCAGAAUGGAGAUCAAAAAUAGGGAAGUUGCUGAUGGAUGGCUAUAAUGGGGGAAGUAUCGUCUCAUCCAACGUCCAGGAAAAUGUUAUACAAAGUGAGGUUGAUGAGGGGGAGGGCCCCCAGAGUAAGAUGGAGCUCUAAUUUAAGUCUUCGUUUUCCCUUUUCUUUGGGUGUGGUGGAUGCAACAUAUGCAAGAGCUCUAAUUAGUCUUUAGCAUGACCUAAACAUGUGUAAAUCGUUAGAUAAGCAAUCCAUAGGUUUUUGUACAGUUAAUUACAAGAAAUGAAACAAAUAUGUUCUAAUGA